AAUUACUCAGUUCAUGCCCCUUACCCAUACAAACAGGCCCAGUGGAAUCCAAAAUCGUCAGCCGGGGAAUGCCGGCGACGAGAACCGGCCAUGUCGUACCUUGUCGCCGCCCAGUCCGCUCUCUUCUACUUCCUCGCCUGCACACCAUGCAACCAGCUCCAAGCCCAACGUAAAACGCGGCAGCAGGCCAAGAAGGACAGGGUGAUCAAGGAGCGCAUUGUGAUGGAACAGCCCCAUCUGUACCGGCAUCCAGACCCUUUCCACACGAACCCGUACUGGGGCGAGGAGAUCCGGAUGGGGCCGAGCCUGCCCAAGAAGAGAAAGGGGAGUGACGGGAUCAGCAAGAGCCUCAGUCAGCGCCGUUUAACUGUGGCGAGCCGGGAUGGCCGCCCGAGUAUCGGCACGGGAAGCAGCGUCGUGGUCAGUAUGUCGGAUAUGGCGUCCAUAUCGAGCCCAAGACCAUCUACCAACCCCAUCGACAUCCACCUUGGCAGCGCCCCGACUGUCGUACCCGAGGAAGAGGCCAUGAGUCCAACCCUUAGCAAAACGGCAUCCAUAUCAACAAGCGCCGACUGGAAUGUGAAGCGGUACCAGCGCGAGGACGAGGAGUUGUGGGGCCAUGAGUCCACGUGGUCGGGUCACAAGCUGAUGGACGCCAUCAAGCACGCCGGCACGACAGCCGGCCGCUACAUGGAGUCUAAGCUCGGAUUGGAGAAGCAGGUGACGGAUGAGGACCGGUAUAACUUUUAUUUCACGCCCAGGAACCCGCCUGUGAACGAGUACCACCCGCCGGUCGUUAGCAGCAAACCUGCGCACAAAGACGCCCUACGGUGGAUGCUCCAGCCGCCGCCACCGGCCAAGGUCAUGGAGGGGAAGGUCCCCGUCACGAGGAGCACGAGUACCAUGAGCGCCGCGUCUAGGAGGACCGUAUCGACCCGGGACGGCGGCUCGCUCGGGAGGUUAGUGGGUGAGAGAGCCGUUGAGGCUAGGAUCCGGAGAGGCGAGACGCCAUUUGAGGACGAGUGGCGCCCGACGUCGCCCUUACGAAAGUCGUUAUCCAGAGUGUCGUCGGCCACAAGGAUGAGGAGUCGGCGCACGGCGAGAACCAACUACUCAUCUACCGACUCCGACGAGGAACCAGAUGCGGCGAGCAACCGAAGGAGACGGAGAAGUCACAGGCCGCCCGAGGUGGAAUCUGAGGAUGAUGAAGAUGAUGAAGGUUCAUAUGCGUCGAGAGGUGCCGAGACGCUCAGCAAUACUUCGUUGUCCACUCACGCCGCUCAAAAACCAAGGCUGCCCACCAACCCCAGUUCCGGGUACGAUGGCAGAGGUGCCUCGAAAGUGGAACAUAUCGAGUCUGCGCAUCCUUCACGAGAGACUAUCAGCCCAACUCCCAGAACGGAGUUCAGCAAACCAGAGACUCAGUCAGCCAUGUCCAUUAAUACCGACGUGGCGGUGCAUUCUUAGGUAGUUGGCGAAGCCGAUAUCUUCUGUCUUCCGGGAUACUGUCGCCGACUGGGAUUACCAAUCAGUUGUCAUCACCAGCUUCGUUGCCCCUGGUGAAGGGGCCUUUGGCGACCAGCUGCUACAGGCAUCGAUAUCCUGGCCCGGUCUCCCUUCCCUACUUUCCAUAUCUCCCCUACAGUUUCAUUGUACCCCCCCUUUUCGUUGCAGCAUGGACCUGGGGUAGCAUACGUUUGUCAUAUGGGACUCGCAUCAUAGGAGGGUUGGCUU